AUGGUCAGUGUUCGAUCCAUGAUAGUCCAUCCAGACGGCGCCAUCCUUGUCGACAUAGCCGUCCAUGAGGAGGGUGUCCGCAGGGUUCUGCGCCAGUACGGGCCUACCGGCUUCUUUCCCAUGAGCAAUGAUGAUCCGGUGGUUCUCUUACAACCCGCCGAAACAAUAGAAGGUAAGCAGAUUGCUGCUUAUGAGGAUAUAUUGGAGAGGUAUUGUCGUUAUCUUCGUGAGAAAUGCCAUCUCCUUGGCUCUAUGGCCGAAGUCUGGGUUGCUGAAAGGCUGGCUGGAAUUGAAAAUCAUUUGUCGGUCCUUAAUCUAAACCUUCCAGAGGUGAGAAGCCUCCCUGUUCCUCGUUAUGUUCUAAUUCUGCAGGACCGUACGAAUCCGCUGUCCAAAAUACCAAAGCCACCCUAG